UCUGGCUCUCGCAUUAUUAUACGAACUAACCAGGAUGCGUUCAUUCUGUAUUGUUUGGUUGCAAUGUCCCCUCCUCCUGCUGCAUACGGAACCUGGGUCUCCCCUAUAACCGCCAAAGCCGUCGCCGCUCAGAGCUUUUCAGGAGGCAUCGAGGAUAUUAUAAUCGACCCCGUUAACUCAGAAGUUUAUUUCGCGCAAAAGCGUCCAGAAGAAGGUGACUGAGUCGCCCUAUGCUCUUUGAAUGGUUUCGUUCAAGGCGGACCAAUCUGCUACUAGGUGGCCGAUCUGUCAUUGUCAAUGCGAGCGAUCGCAAAGACCUUUUCGAUCGAACUUGGGACGCGCGUUCGCAAGUACAUGAGUAUGGAGGAGCUGCAGCCAUCGUUUUCAACUCUGUGUUAUAUUUCUCCAAUUUCGAUGACAAAAGAGUUUACAUGCGUGAAGCAGGAAAAACUCCUACUCCAGUCACGCCCGAGAACGACAAGCAUCGCUUUGCGGACUUUGCUAUCCAUCCAAAGUGCCCCGAGCUUCUUAUUUCUAUCUUGGAAGACCAUGCAGAUCCUCAUCCGAGUCGAGUGAAAACCUGUUUAGCUCUGAUCAAUACUACUUCCUCCACUGUAACAAAAGUAGUCGAAGGGGCCGAUUUUUAUGCAUGUCCACGAUUCAGUCCUAGUGGUGAUCACCUCCUUUGGCAACAAUGGUUCUUCCCAGACAUGCCUUUUCAAAGCAGCGAAAUCAAGGUUGCGAAGGUUGUCCUAAACCUCGACGCCAAAAGCCUCAAAGUCGAGUCUCCGACCCAUGUAGCUGGGAAAACGGAGGAGGUUUCUGCUCAAGACCCUAACUGGGCCUCUGAUGCCUGUUUAUUCUUCACUUCGGAUGUUAGCGGCUAUCAGAACCCCUGGAAGUUCGAGUUUGAGAACGGCGACACCUCGACAGGAUAUCCUUUGCCCAUCCUUCGCGACCCAGUUGAGGAAGAAUUCGGGCUUCCUCAGUGGUGGCUCUCUCGACACGGCUCAGGUGCCCUGUCUGAUAAUCUUGUCGCAUUCAUGUCCAUGCGGAAAGGACGUUCUGCACUUUACAUCUGCGACCUGCGAACUGGGGAUCGCACCGAGGUUCCCACUACGUACGCCCAGAUCGAGUGGAUGCACGGAGAUGGAAAGGGGAAAGUGGUCAUGCUAGGAUUACCUUCUGACGCGGAUGAGCGACUCGUCUCACUCACUCUUGGCCCCGAUGGCAAGCCUACCCUCACGCUCCUUAUUCCACCCAGCGAGGGUGACGAAUCUCUCCCACUGGAGUUUGUAUCCCCUGGUGAAUACCACGCUCUCAAACUUGCGCCCGAUAACCGUACAUGCCACAUCACCUACUAUUCACCUCGAAAUCCUAACUAUUCUGGCGGUCUUCCUGGCGAGAAACCACCCAUCGUUGUCCACAUUCAUGGUGGCCCUUGGUAUAUGGAGUCUGCCAACUUGAACUGGACGAAACAGUUCUAUACUUCUCGUGGAUGGGCACUCGUUGAUAUCAACUACGGCGGUUCUACUGGUUUCGGACGUGCUUUUCGAGAGACGCUUGUUGGGAAAUGGGGGGUAUUGGAGAUCCACGACGCUCAUCAGACCGUUCUGCAGCUAGAUGCUCUAGGUCUCGCCGAUGCCAAACGAGCCGUUGUUUAUGGAGGUUCUGCUGGAGGCUAUUCGGUUCUCCAAAUUGCGACUAACCUACCGAAAGCCUUCGCAGCAGGAUCACCUCAUUAUGGAAUUGGGGAUAUGAGGAAGCUCGACGAAAUCCUGCACAAGUUCGAGUAUUAUCUAUGUGACCGUUUGAUGGGAGGUACUUGGGAAGAGUGUGAGGACGUUUGGAGAGAACGGAGUCCUGUGUACCAUGUUGACAAGGUGGAAAUGCCUUUAUUAAUCCUUCAAGGAAAAGAGGACACCGUCAUCCCAGCGGAGCAAAUGAUCGAGGUGGAAGAAAAGCUGAAGGCGAAAGGAUGUAAAGUCGAGUUGAUUUUGUUCGAUGGAGAGGGACAUGGAUGGCGAAAAGCAGAGACAGUUGAGACUGAGCUUGCAAAAUCGUUGGAGUUUUUCAACGAGGUUAUUGGGAUAGGGAGCGCUAUGCGCUAGGUGCCGAAUCAUGAAGAAAACAUAACUAUAGUGAAGCGCUUAGCUCCAUCACAGUAUGUUGCCGAGGGAGGGGUUUGAAAUCGAAUUGUGAUGCCAGCACGA